AUGGAGAAGUCUAAAAGUUUCCGUAUCGAUGCGCUGCUCGCGCCGCGCGGCGGAACUGACCCGCCGUCCCCGCCGCCGCCCGUUCGCGCGCACCCAUCCGCCUUCCUGGACGCGCCGCCUCCGGCGCUGGCGGGCCUGGCCGGGGUGCGCGUGCACGGCGGCGGGGCGGGUGGGAGCGUCUUCGGGCACGCCGGCUUCGGUUACCCCGCGCUGGGGCAGAUGGGUCAGAUGGGGGCGGUGGGGCAGCACGCGGCGCUAUCCUACCCGCACGCGUACCCCGCGGAGGCGCUGAAGCUGAGCGCGAGCUCCCUGCAGCUGGAGCAGUGGCUGCGCAUCAACAGCGCGAGCAUCAAACUGGCGGAGCUGCACUCUCAGCCUCAGUCUAAUCUGUUGGGAAAAUGUCGGCGGCCUCGAACAGCCUUCACCAGUCAGCAGCUGCUGGAGCUCGAGCAUCAGUUUAAACUCAACAAGUACCUGUCUCGCCCCAAACGCUUCGAGGUGGCCACAGCGCUCAUGCUUACUGAGACACAGGUAAAAAUCUGGUUCCAGAACAGACGCAUGAAGUGGAAGCGCAGUAAGAAAGCUAAAGAGCAGGCCGCGCAGGAGGAGAAGCAGAAGGGCUCUAAAACAGCAGAUGAGAGCAGCAGCGGAGGAGCAGGAGGAGCAGCAGGAGGGGCGGAGAGGGAGUUUCAGAAAGCGGAGGCAACGAAAAGUAACAGAAUCCGGGACUUUAGAGACAGUGAGGCGGAGGAGGGAGACUCGUACCUGUACAACUCCUCUGAGUGCUCCUCGGAGGACGAGCGCCCGCACACUGACAGCAGCCCCCAGCACUGAGACACAAACCCACCCCGAACUGCAUGACCUGCCCCUCAGUCAGCCCUCUGUCCCCCACUGACCCUCACUCAGGCUCAGAGAGAAAGAGAGAGACGGUCAGUCAGCCCUCUGUCCCCCACUGACCCUCACUCAGACUCAGAGAGAGAGAGAAAGGGUCAGUCAGCCCACUGUCCCCCACUGACCCUCACUCAGACUCAGAGAGAGAGAGAGAGACAGUCAGUCAGCUCUCUCUCCCCCACUGACCCUCACUCAGGCUCAGAGAGAAAGAGAGAGACGGUCAGUCAGCCCUCUGUCCCCCACUGACCCUCACUCAGACUCAGAGAGAGAGAGAGAGAAAGGGUCAGUCUGCCCGCUGUCCCCCACUGACCCUCACUCAGACUCAGCGAGAGAGAGAAAGGGUCAGCCAGCCCACUGUCCCCCACUGACCCUCACUCAGACUCAGAGAGAAAGAGAUGGUCAGUCAGCCCUCUG